UCCACACCAGGACUUGCAACUCCUGGAAAAUGAGAGCGAGAGAAGCGCUGAGAGUUUAGCAGAACCCAGGUUGAAUUACAUCUAAAUGUUUAAUUUUUACUUCUAAUAUUUGGAUCCCAGCCGAACAUGGACGCGCAGAACAGCACCGCGGCGCGCGGGAUCGAGCCCAGGAUUCCCACCAUUCCCGCCAUCAUGUUCAUAUUCGGGGUCAUCAGUAACAUAAUCGCCAUCAUCGUGCUCUGCAAAUCCAGAAGAGAGCAGAAGGAGAGCACGUUCUACACACUGGUCUGCGGUCUAGCGGUCACGGAUCUUCUAGGAACAAUCCUCGCCAGUCCAGUGACCAUCGCUACAUAUGUGAAGGGCGCGUGGCCUGAUGGAGACCCGCUGUGCCAGUACUUCGGAUUCGUUUUGCUAUUUUUCUCCCUGGCAGGGUUGAGCAUAAUCUGCGCCAUGUCCAUCGAGAGAUACAUCGCUAUCAACCACGCGUAUUUCUACAACGAUUACGCGGAUAAGAAACUCGCCGGAGUGACGCUUCUCGCCAUUUACGCAUCAAACAUCAUGUUCUGCGCGCUCCCGAGCGCGGGUUUCGGAGAGGUUAAGAUGCAGUAUCCUCAAACCUGGUGCUUUAUCGACUGGAGGACCAAUGUCAGCACGCAUGCCGCGUUCUCCUACAUGUAUGCUGGCUUCAGCUCGCUCCUGAUCCUGGUCACGGUGAUCUGUAACGUGUUGGUGUGCGGCGCGCUCAUCCAGAUGCACCGGAGCUUCGUGCGGCGCACGUCUCUCGGCACUGACCCGUUCCGAGCGUCUGACCCCGGCAGGACCCGCAGCUUCGGCCGCCUGGCAGGCGCGGAGAUCCAGAUGGUGAUUCUCCUCAUCGCAACAUCUGCUGUCGUGCUCAUUUGCUCCAUCCCGCUCGUUGUCCAGGUGUUUCUCAACCAGCUUUACAAGACGCCAGUGGAGAAAAGGCUGGAUCGAAACCCAGAUCUGCUGGCGAUCCGCUUCGCCUCCACCAAUCCCAUCCUGGAUCCCUGGAUCUAUAUCCUCCUGCGUAAAGCCGUGCUCUCCAAGCUCAUCGAGAACAUCGAGUGCCUCUUCUGCAGGCUUGAGGCUCAGAGACGGCGGGGACAGGGACUGGACGGAGCGCACGUGUCCUCAGUCUCCAGAGACUCUCCGUUUGCUGUGUCUGGAGGACUCGAAGAGCUCGCUGAAGCCCCUGACACCUGUCAAUCAAACCUCUGUCUGUCUGAAGCGGCUUCUCAAUCCUCCGAUCGCAGCAGUUUAGACAGUCGCUCAAAAGAGCCGAGCUUACAGAUGACUAUAACCAACGAGACUCUCCAGGAGAAGAGCAUUUAA